UCCGGUUCCGGUGGGUGUCGUCAUGGCGGCAGAUGGUGGAGAGAUGGCAAAACCUAGUGUAGUAAUUUUAGGAGGUUGUGGUUUCAUUGGCAGAAACCUUGUACAGUACCUGAUUGAAAAUGACCUUGUAUCAGCAGUGCGUGUGGUAGACAAAGUUCCACCACAAACUGCAUGGCUCAAUGACAAACACCAACAAUUAUUUAAUAUUCCUAAAGUCCAAUUUAAAAGUGCCAACCUGAUAAAUCCUGCAUCCUGCCAGUAUGCAUUGUCAGUAGAAGAGGGUGGUUGGGAUUACGUGAUAAAUUGUGCUUGUGAAACAAAAGUGGGACAAACUGACCCUGUCUACAGAGAAGGAAUUUUAAAACUCAGCUUGAACUGUGCUGCAGAAGCAGCCAAACUGAAUGUCAAGAGGUUUGUUGAGGUAUCCACUGGUCACAUGUGUUCCUCGAAUAAGGUUCCCCACAAAGAAGAUGGGAAAGUGGAACCAUGGACGUAUAUUGCUAAGUUUAAGAGACAGGUGGAAGAAGAACUUCAUAAUAUUCCUGGCCUUCGCUUCACAGUAGUAAGGCCUGCUAUUGUAUAUGGAAUUGGUGAUCGACAUGGCCUGGCACCACGCCUUGUGAUUGGUGCAGUGUACAAACAUCUUGGUGAAAUGAUGAAGCUUCUUUGGGGCAAAGACCUGAAGAUGAACACAAUUCAUGUGACUGACCUGUGCCGUGCUAUAUGGCACUUGGCAAUACGAGAUGAUACUUUGUCUCAGAUUUAUAAUGUAGUAGACAAAGGUGACACUACUCAAGGAAUGAUUAGCAAUCUGGUGUCUGAGAUAUUCAACAUUAACCAUGAUUAUUGGGGCUCAGUGAGCUUGUCAUUGUGUAAGCUAGACAUGGCUAGCUUAGUAGAUGAAGUGAAUGACAAACACCUUGGACCUUGGGCUGAGGCUUGUAAUCAAAGUGGAGUGGAGAAUACACCAUUAACCCCGUAUAUUGACCAAGAGCUGCUAUAUAAUAAACAUCUGUACCUGGAUCCUAGUAAACUUGAGAGUACUGGAUUUUCAUGGCUCGUUCCUCAGAUUACCAGAAACAAAUUGCAGGAGAUCAUUGAUGACUAUGCAGAAAUGAACCUGUUUCCACGGUCACUGAUUUUGUGAUGACAUCAUCCAAGGCAAAGUCCUGUGAACAGAACUCAACUGUUGGCCUACUAUAGUACUUUAUAAUACCAGCCUGUGAUCAAGUUGAAUUUAAGUGAUUGCAUUUAAUUCAUAGUGUUACCAAAUAAUACCGCAGUCUUUUAUUACUGAUGAAUGAAGAUGACUAAAAACAUUAAAAUGUUCUGAUUAUGGAGACUGGGCUAUAAGCUUUGUUAUAUUCAUGGUACAGAGCAAGAAAAGUGAUGCAUAAUCCAGUCAGUCUUUUAAAUGUAGAAAAAUGUAACAGAACUGAAACAAUGUUUCCUUUAUCAUAAUAUAGUCAAGUCAGUCAGGAGUGCCCAACAUACGGACUGUGGGCUAGAUGUGACUCAGAGAAAAAAUCUGACACAUUAGUUUUAGGAGUUGGCCUUAUUAAAAAUAUCCAUUUAUCUCUCUUACCUGAAGGUGAACACGCUGUUUCCCCAUAAAAAGAAGUGGAACUUAUUGUCACUUUGGCACAGAAUGUAUGUAGAAAGGAUCGCCGCAUCACAAUCAAACAUUUGCUUGCACGUUUUCUGACGGGAAGAAAAUUCACGAUGCACUAUUAAUAAAUGGUCAGAAAGAGGUGUGUUAUAUGAUGCAGCGUUUAGGACUAAUAUUAAAUCACGGACAUGUGUCUUCCUUCUGGAUAAGUUUAAAAUAAACUUUAAGCAUCACAUUAUGGAAUGAAAUAAUGAAUGUGCAUGGGGAAGUGGAGGUGAUGCUGCAUACAUUCUUGAUCUCAGCACUAGGUGUAUCUGACUAGUCAGCUUUAUGCUUUGGCUGCUUUGUCUCUGGGGAAAGAGGCCUUGGUACCCAUUGAAUAGGUGGUUGGGAGUAGGUCCAGUGCUAUUCUGGACAUGGUAAUGAAGAGAAAAAUUCCUGCCUUUUAAAAACUGAAGCAGAAUUUGAACUAAGCAGUUGUGAUGUACACAACAACAGCAUUAUGAACUUUGGACAUUUCUCAGAGUUUCUCAGGAGUCUAGAUCUUAAAACAGAGAUUGCAGAAAUAUUUUUAAUGAUUUUACUGUUACAGCAAAUUGUUUGCUUUGAAGUAUGCAUGUCCUACAUCAUACAUAAAAAUUGUAUUUCAAUUAUUAAAUUUAAAGUGAAAUUUAGUUUCCAAUAUUACAUUUAGCUCUCAGAGGUUGGCUUGGACUCUUUUAAGUUGUGAAUUUUACUAUAAGUGAUUACAAAACACAGAAUUUGUGCUUUGCUCCACUAAGUGGCAGUGAUGUUACAUAUAUAUCAUUGCUUCAAGUCUUCUGUCAUUGUUUCUGCAAAAGCUUAAUCUAGAGAGUAAAUAAUUCAUUUAGCAGAAACAUCGUUUGGCCUGCAGUAAAAUUAGUUGGGCAUUUCUGGUAUAGUCAGUCCUUUUCUGGAAUUAUUUCCUGUAUUUCAUAUAGGAAAUAAUUUUUUGAUUAACUGGAUUUUAGGUAUGUAACAACAAAAUCACUGUUACAUUUUCUGUACUUUAUACUGCCAAGUAAAAAUCCAAUGGCUACCACCCUCUUCAGCUUUGUAAUGAUAAAAAGAGAAUAGCAGGUUGCAACUUUGGAAUGUUGUGUGUUUGUUUGACUUACUUCAUUAUUACAUGUGAAUUUUGGAAACCUUCAGUAUUAUGAAUUUUGCUCCAGAUUGAGUGUUGGCUAGUAAAUUUUGUAAUAUAUGCAGGAAGAAAAUAGAUUUUCUUUGUUAGUAGUCCUAUUUUUGGCCUUAGUAGUUAUCUUUUUAUGUAAUUAUUUCCAGUACAGCUGCCAUAACCUUUAUGAAACAAAUUAUCACACAUUUUUUUACUGUUGUAAGAAAUUUGAGCAUCAUACCUUACUGAUUUCAUUAUUCACCUAUUUUAAAGUUUUAACUAUUAAUAUAUGUAUGUACACACACAUGUGAACUAGAAUAAGCAAAAAGAUAUAAAACCAAUGAAGACAAAUGUCUUUGUACUUGCUACCAUAAGAAUCAUGAAAUCUCACAUGAAAUUCAUUUGUUCUGGCAAAGUGUUCGGAAUUUAUUCAGAACCUUCAUGGAGUAGAACAUGCUGCUAUGUAUAUUUUUAAGUGCAAAUAGAAAUAAUUUUCACAUGUUUGUUUUGACAUAAUUGCAAAUAAGUCCAUCAUUAGAGUUAUAUGUCAAUACUCUUGAUUGCACUUUUGUAUUGAAGGUGCAGAAGACUAGAAAUAAUGUGUAGCAAGUGGUAGCCAUUGGAUACAAUUUACAUGGUGCUUCUGAAUAGUAAUUAUAACUUAACUCUCUGUUGACCUCUGUGUCAUGCAAUGGAACUAUAGAUAGAGAUGAGAGUGUGGCCUAUGCUUCAUAAGUGUAGGUCUACUUGUCUGAAGUUAAAUUUAUAGUUAAGUCAGUAACUGUAAUUCAUGGAUUAAAUUGUUAAUUUAAUUUGUAGGUUAAAUCAGUAAUAAGUUGAAGAUGGCUGCCUUCUGGGUUGUUUCACUGUAUAGUAUUCUAAGUAUUGAUUUAUGAUGGAGGCAGUAGACUCUUCUGAAAUGUGAGCUAGUAGCUGUGAGACUAAUGGUACAACAUCCCAGAAGACAGCCAUUUUUAUACUUGGCACUAUGAGAACCUAAUAAUUUUAUUGGUUGGCCAGGAAAGUAUUUAACUCUCUAGUCCAUUUAUACUAGGGACACAGAUAAUACUUUAUUGUAAAUGUUAAUUUUAGGUAAUAGAACAGAGGUCAUAUGUAGAACAUGAGAAAUAGAACUGUAUUUCUUUAUUUAAGGAAAUCAUAAUUUUAUGGUUUAAACUUUUGUUGAAAGUUGCAAACAUUUUAUGGUUAAAGACUUUUUAUGGUUUUCCUCAAUGCUCCCUUCGUGUGGAUGCAGACAUACUGACUAUAUUAUGACUCCCCCACCAUUUUCCUCUGAUAACACUGUCAUACCAACUACUUUCAUAUGACAGUAUCCAAUGUCAAAAAUGGUUAGAACAUGUUCUGGUAAAGUUACAAAAACAAUAAUACAAUCUAAGAAAUUUUCAUAAGAAAAGGCGAGAGUGUUGAACCAGUUGAUUUUUAUAUUGGCUGUUCACUUUAACUUAGAAAUGUCAGAUUGUCCUUUUUCUGGAUGAGUUUUUUUAAGAUUCUUACAUUUGUUACUCAGGAAUCUUUUCUCUUGUUUGCUUUUUAUACCAUGUGCAAGUUUUUGGACAUAAAGAGGUUAGUAUCAUAAAAAGUGGAUUUUAGUAGAGCAUGGAAAAAUUUCUUCUAUUUUUGACGUGAGAGAUGCAACUGUUCCAUCAGCGAUAACAUUUCAUGUACAAAAAGAAUAUACUCGAUAUUUCUAACAGACUGGCUGCUCAAGGAUGUACAUUGUGGGAGUAAUUGAAUAUUCACUGUCGAUUCUGUGAAAAUUACAAACGAAACUUCCUAUUUAGGGUUCUGAAGGAAUUCUGUUCCUUGUUCAUUACUGCAUUACCAAACUGCUUAGAUGUCUUGGUCUGUUUAUCAUCAGAUUCUGUGAGGGACAUCAGUAUGAUGCACAGGAGUGCCCUUUAUUUUUGUGAAACUUGGUAUGCCAUUGGAGACAAUUUCUCUUGACACUUCUUAAUUUCCCAUCAUCAGCUUGAUGACCAAGAAAAUUCAAAGUCAAACGGUAGUAGUGCUAAUCACUGUUAGAUUUUGUAAAAAUAUGUAACUUUAAGAGUAACAUUAUUAGAAAUGGUCAUCUUCGUUAGCAAGAAGCAGAUUUUUUCAUGAUUCUUUCGUUCUUUUAGAAUAUUGUUGAACAUCAUAGUUCAGCUUGUUAAAUCCUGUAUGUAUUUUAUCACAGAUUGUGUAUUCUCAGUGUGACCGUUGUUUCAGCCCCAUUUAAUUAGAAAUGGCGUAAACUGUGUAACUGCAGUACAGUUACAUUGUUUGAUAUACAGCUGACAAUACUCCCAAUGUAAGAUUGAACCAAAUAUAAAUUAAAAAUACUAAUUUCAAUAACUACAUUGCAUUGAGCAGAAAGGGAUGUCAUUUUUGCAAGUCAAUCGAAAUAGAAUCUGUAUUAUUAUAGUGACUUUCAUACAUUAUAUUACUUAUUUUAAUAAUUAUUAAUACUAAGAUGUAGUUAGAAUUGUUGAUAUUUGAUGAAAUCAUCCUAAUGCAUACUGCUACUGUUAUGAAUAAUUAAGAUAGUUAUAAAUUGUACUAGAUGGGAUACUGGAUGACCAGUCAGAACCACUGAUGUGUUCCCCCCCAAAUUACAAGAGCUGAUCAGAAAGAAUUUGUGGCCUGUUAUGUGUGGGGCACAGGUUACUUCUGAUGUCAGAAUUUAUCUACCCGUCUAGCAAAUGUAUUUUCUUAUGAGGGUGAUUGCCAUCCACAUGCCUCGUGUGCUUGUUCAGCCUCUUUUUUUCAUUGUAAUGUCUCCAGACAAAAUAAUCUCCAUCAUCAUGUAGAACAGGGGUUGUAAACAUUCAUCAUUACCACAGGCUGCAUUGGUUAUUCAUAUCUUUGUUGAGGAUUGCAGGAAAUUUUUUUUAAUGUGGAAUGUAAGUGAAACUAUAUUUCUUUAACAAAAAGAGUAGAGCUGGUAUUCACUUAAAAACAGAUGGGUAUGUUUCUCCAUACAACUGAGUUUAUUGUGAAGAUGUUUUUUAGGUUUCAAACAAUUUUGAUUUCAAGUCAUGGUUAAUUUUAUAAAAUUUCAGUUAUUAAUACCACUGUAAUUUUCAUGUUUUGUUAAAUUUUGAUAUAGUUUGAACAAUGGAACAAUGUACUUUUGCAUAGUAAUGUGAUUUUAAAAUUAGAAGCAUACAUCUGCAAAAUUUGUAUUUGUUUCAAAAAGUAUUUUUAUGAUUGUUUCCUUCUGUAUUUAUAUCAAUGUUCUCCUUGGUAACCAAAAAUUUUUACCAAUUGCCAAAUUGUGUCAUAGGCUGUAUAAAAAGGCUGUGAGGGCUGCAAGUUGCCAACCCCUGAUGAUGAAUGUCAUGUUAGAAGUACUUAGCUAUCAUCAUGUUAGUGGGCAUUGUCCACGACCUCUGGGGAUGAAUAUAGAAGUGCUUAGGAGAUUAUUUUGCAUUAUUGCAUGAGGUGUUAGUGGCUGAAUAGCAUGAAGGGUAUGCAAUUACAGGCAUUUCUCACAGAGGUUGUCUUUCCAUAUUUGAGUUAAGAAAUUUUCAAAUGGUUGAUUUUUAUGUUGAAAUAUUUUUUUUAAAAAAAGUACCUGACUUAACAAAUUUUGGUUUUUCACUGUGCUGUAGGUUUCAGGGAUAUUUUAUUUUUAUUUACAUGCCAUGUUUUGUUUAACAUAAUUACUCAUGUAAAACCUGUGUUAAUUUUUUGUCAUGCAAAUGAUGACAUUUCAGAAUGGAAAGAUAUCAGGUCUGAAGUUGUUUGAGUAAUGAGCACCUUCAACGCAUCUCUGUCGGUAUGAAGCAGACAUGCUUUUUGUAGUCACAAUAGUGAAUAAAAAUAAGCAUGAAGAUGCUUUGUUCUGUUUCAGAUAUUGGAGAAAAAUGAUUAUGUAAUAACUUUUUAUUUUAGAAUUUACAUUUGGGCUUUGGGUUUUGUUUUUCCUCUAUCUUACAUCUGUAUUUCCAGUGCAGUGAUAUUCCAUUGUUUUGAAUUAUCACAUGGUACUUAAUGGUAAAUAAAAAGGCUGUUCGUGAUCCGUAUGGGAUAUUUUAUAACAUGUUUCUUGUCAUUCAUUUUGAAAUGACAUGUAUAUUAUUAGAUUUUAUAUAAUGAUGCAUCUGGUAUUAUAAGAAUGUGUCUUUUGUGGCAUAAUUUGAACAUUCCUGGUAGAGGUAGUAUUACUUACAAUUGUUGUUUCUUGGCUGGCAGUGAAGCUUUGGGAACUGACUCAGAUUAUGAACUGUUUAAAAAACAGCAUAAUUUUAAUUGAAUUUGUUGGCUUAAAAGAAUUGUACAGUGAGCUGUGUAUGUAAUGCUGGAAAUAAUUUUUGAUCAUUGGUCAAAAUUGUUAUUCAGAAUUUUCUACCUUUUCAUUUACUUUAUAAUAUAAUGUUUUAUGCACAUUUUGCCACUUGUUUUGGGAUUAGUAUGUGAAUACAGUGAAAGUAGUCAGUGAUCACAGCUGGUCAUUAAAAGGUAGUUAUUGAAUGGGGAGCAAAGGCAUUCGUUUGUGUUGUUUUAUUUUACUUUUGUUCUACUCUUGAAACUCUAGUAGCAGAUUUGUGUGCAACGAAGUGUGAGAGUUGACCGUGAUAAUAACGGCAGAUUUAAGCUUGAUGUUUCUUUCAUGUACUUGGGUUAUCUGAUAUUAUAAAGAAAUCUUUCAUUCCUAAGAUUCUCAGUGAGGUUUUCCACCAUUGCAGUUAAUUCAGCGUUGAAUAAAAUAUACCAACACAUAGUCUACCAUGCAGAUCAUGUGUAUAUAUUUUAAGCAGGAGCAGGAAACUGUCUUGAUUACAAAAUGAUGCUGACCAACACAGGUCUGCACGCGUGAUGCCCUGCAUUGCUUUAUAAUGUGCUGUUAAUAUUUAAAAUACUAGACAUGAAAAUUUACCCAGCUCUUUUCUGCAUUCCAACUUUUGUGUGUUUCAACAUGUUCUCUGGCUUUGUUAUAUUCCUAGUAGAGACGCUGUGUUUUUCAGAUAUGUUAUGUAUGAUAUCUUUGCUUAGUCCAGUUAGUCAGUUCUUAGAUAACUUAUUCCCUUAACAUUGUUGGAACAUUAUUAAUAUUUUGUGAUACAGAUGCUGAUAAAACACGCUGGUUGAUUGCUGGUUGCUUAUGGUUGGCUGAUUUAUGGUGGCCUGGUAUUUAUGUUUUCCCGUGGUUUAGAAAUAAUGCUAGAGAAAACAUUGCUAGUUGUUGAGUAGUGGUCAUUAAGUUCUUUGCAUGGAGAAAGUAUGAAGACAGUAUCAUUGCCUUUUAUCCAGAAAUUCAGUUGUAAAGGCUUGUUUUAUGUUGUGAUAUAUUUUUUUUCAUGAAAAGUUGUCUGUCAUGAAUUGUUUGUAUUUCUUGUUGGACUUGUACAGUGGAUUCAUCAGGAAGAUCCCAAGCACUGAUUUUAGAAAUUUGUAGUAUGUUUUGAGCUGUGCAGAAACAUGGAGGCUGAAUAUCAGUGUAUUUUAAUUUAUCUUUCAGUACUGAUGUAGACAUUCCUCUCCAGAAGUUUUGUAUACUUACCUUAAUUACUUAACAAAUUGGAGCACACAUUUUCGCUAUUAUUUUGAUAUGUGGAAAUCUGUAGGCUGUAGUAUCAGUUUUUAAUGUUCAAUAAGUUUUGUGAUGAUUGAUGUACUGUGUGGAAAAUAUUAGGACUUUUAAUUAUGUUUUCUAGUCUUAUGAAGCUCAUAGAUUUUCUGCUUUCAUUCGCUGUAUGUUGCACAUAGUUGCAUGUAGUAUAUAAAAAUACUCAGCGUGUAUAUUUUUGCCAUAUUUGAAAUUAAACCAUCAAGGAAAUGAAAGCUCUGUAGAGUAGAUUAACUGCAGUGUUUGAAUAUGUCGACAUACUUUAAAUAGCCAAAUAAUUGCCAAAUAUCUGGUGGAAAUAGUCAUAAGUUUAAGUGUUGUCGUCAUUGUGUUUGUUCCAAAACUCACAUUACACAAGCAUGCGAAGAAUGCACUUUCUUCAUUCCAAAUAGUAGUAGGUGCUUAUUUGAUAUUAUGUGUUAGAAAAUUGACUUCAUGGAGCACAGGGUAUGUAUGACAUUGGUCUGUAUUUAUGUAUGGCACAGUACAUUGUCAAGUACUAUCAAGUAUCCAUUUGUUGGUAUAUGAAGAAGAAAAGAAAACAAACAAUUUUUCUGAUGAAUUAUGGGAUAAAAUUUAAAUGCGUUCAGGCUAACAGCUGUAGUGUCAGUAAGGGCUUCUGUUUGUUUCCACUGUACAUGUAAUGUAAUUUAAAUGCUGUUCUGUGUACCAGUAUUAAAUGUUUAUAGUUUUGGGUAACUCUGAAAAUCUUGUCAUAGGUUUUAUUGCUUUAAGUUAUGUUCAAUAUUAUUGUGUUUUGCAAACUAUGGAGAUUAAAAUAGUGUCCUUUGUGUUCGUGUUAA